GAAGAAGGCUAUGAGAAGUAAGAUGAAAAUAGAUAUCCCAGUUGGUAAAGGAAGGCCAACUAAACCAGUUCAAUCGGCAAAAUUAUCCAAUGAAUUAGGAAUAAUUGCUCGAAAUUUUAUUUCGCUUCCAAACAAGUGGAAGGAACUCACAAGAGAGGACAGAGAUGCAACACUAAUUAGAUGUCAUGAGAGGUUUGAGAUUAAUUUGGACGAGCAUUACGUGAAAGAUAGCUCUGAGGAUAUUCUGAAAAACAGAAGCCGACAAUGGUGCUACAAGUUAAAACAAUUGUUUGAAAGUGCACGUUCAGAAGAAGAAACUCGUAAAAUUGAAGUGCCAGAGUUGAUCCCAGAAAAUUGGAAUAGACUUUGUGACAUGUGGAUCGAUCCAAAACAUAAGAAACGAUGCGACAUAAACAAGGUCAAUCGAACUAAGCUUAAAUCUAAUCAUUUCAUGGGAUCAAAAGCAUUUGUAGCAGCUCGUGCUGAACUUGGUGAAAAUGAACCUGAAAAAGUAGAGCCUGACAGAAUCGAGUUCUACAAGCAUACUCAUUACAAGAGUAAGAAAGGAUGGUCAUCUUUAGAGGCUGAGACUCACUAUAACAACAUGAAAGAUUUGAAAGAUCUAUAUACUUCGGGAGAGGCUUCCAUGACCACUGAUGAAAUUGUGGAUACCGUACUUGGUACAAAGUCGGGGUACAUAAGAGGACUUGAUUAUGGUCCAAAACCUAAUACUACAAGAGCUACACAAAGGAAAACAGCAGAGUUAGAGGACUCCCUCAGAAAAGCGAAACAGGAAGCUGCUAGUGCCCAAAAUAAUUUACAGAAUCGAUUAAAUGCCGCUGAAACUGUGGUAGAAAACCAGCAGACUCAGAUACAAGACCAGCAAUCUCAAAUACAAGAUCAACAAUCUCAAAUAGAAGCAUUAAACUCUCAAUUGAAUACUAUUGUGGCACGCCAAAAGGAAAUGUUUAGGAAAAUGCAGUGUUUUGCUCGCUCAUCGCCUUCUAACAGGUUAGAAGUAAUGCAAACUUAUGUGAUAAUUUUUGCUUACUUUUUUUUCAUGAAAUAUAUAAAUAUGUAGAAUUUAGUAUCUAACUUUGCAUACUUCCUUUUAUUAUGCAACAGAGACGGAGCUCCAUGAGAAUGCCAACUUUAGGUAUAUUUUUAUUUCGCCAACGUAAAGUCCUGUUUCAAAAGUUAUAGUUUAUAUCAAUUAUUUUAUUUAUAUUAUAUUAAUACGUUAAUACCUUAGCUCAAGAAAAAAAAGUUAGUAUUGAACAUGCCAUAUACUUUAAGCCCUAGGUGCGUCCUAAUCUUACUGGACAUAGUGUAGAGAAGGCUAUCAUACCUUAUAGAGGGGAAACAUUGCAAGUAGCUAAGUAGAGAUAAAGAGAAGAUUCCUCCAUUUUACACUACAUUAUAGAUUUUCAGACCAUGGAAAUAGAAUAUCAAUAUUGUAGAGCUGCAAUUCUUAUCCUUCUCGGUCUCUUACUCCUUGCUUUGGGUGUAUUUGGUCAUUUAGUGAUGAUAUAGUUUGGUUUUCCUUAAUUCUUGAUAGCAAAGCUUUGUAUUCUUAGGGAAAUCAGUAGCACAUAGAACCAACAUUUUUACAGUUGGGAGAUAUUCCAAAAGGUUUCUAAUAUCUUAGCCAUAGAAUUGGCAGGAAGUUGUUCAUAUGCUUACUGGAAUACUUUUGUACUCUACUAGUAGUGCAGUAGUCCUUUAGAUGUAUGAUUGGUAGUGCUAGAUAUAUAAUUCAGUAUAGCUGUUGGAAGCGAAAUCAUGAUUAGAAUUUAGAAUAAAAUAAAAUUGUGUGUUAAUCUUUGUUAAUGUUGUAAUACCAUUGGUGCUAAAUGGUUUAAUUCAAACCUCACAUGAAAAAUGACUUAAAACUCAUAUGACAUGUGUAGUUUUAGUGUAGAAAGAGAAAACAUACUAGUAGAAGUGUGAAGGAGCCAUACAUUAUUUCCAAUAUCAUUGGCAUAACAUUCUGAUUUCUUCCUCUCAUUUCAACAUUCUGAGUCUGACUUGCUCUUCUUUUGUUAACGAAUCCUUAAUUCACCUUCUCUUCUUAUAGCUUCAUUCUCGCACUUACUACUAACUUCCAUUUUUUUUCAUUCUUUCAUGAAUCUAAAAGGAAAAAGUCAAUCUUAUUCUUAUGGGUUGAUCAAAACUGCUGCAAAAAUACAAUCUUUUAACUCUUUUUUAGACUCUUUUGAGUUGCCAUUAAUAUACUGCUUAGUUUUGUUUGAAAGAUGGGUACAGAUAGUAAAUACCAAAUGGUGGUGAAUGAAUUUAUGGUAAGAUGAUCUUAUAUUAAGAACCUAUGUUGCUCGGAGUCUCUAGAAAUGUUAUUACAGAUGUAUUGAAUCUUCCAAAAAUGCACUACUUUUGGAGGAUCAGACAUUUUUGAAGAGUUCGAGUGUCAUAGCAAGAACUUUACUUUUUGAAGAGUUUGGAAUUUAUGGUAAAAUGAGCUUAUACUAAGAACUCUUUUUUCUGCCGAAGUCAUUCUUGAUUUUUAAAAUUUGAUAGGACUAAUUACAUUUCUCUGGACAAAAGAUCCAGCAAAGUGAAAGAUCUAUUGUAUGAUAAUUGAUAGCCAUUAUAUACUGUUCUAUCUCAUCAAGUCUUCACAGCAAAUUUAAAGCAAAUGAUAUGAAAAAGAAAAGAAGAUCAAUAAACUAUCUCAUGAAUUUGUUUGGAACAACUGUACAUUAAACUUUAUCCUAGUCUACCCACUUUGAUUUGAAAGAGUAUGUUUUUGCAUCUGUUGUUGAAAAGUUACGACUUGUUUGGAUACUUUGCCCCUAGGUUUAUCGUUUAGCGGUAACAUAGAGCUUGCUCUUGUUUCUAGUGAUUUAAUGAUUGUAGAACACCUUGUUAGAUAGGGGCUUAGGUCAGAAAAUUCAGUAUGAUCUUAACCAACAGGUACAAGAAGAUACUGCAGCUAAAUUGGUUCCAAUUUGUGUUAAGUUUGUCCUUAAUAAAAUGUUGGCAUACCGUGAUCCUGCACCAUUUUAUUUUCCUAAAGGAAAAGGCGUUGAGGAUCUCCCUGAUGCUUUGAUUGCCCUUUCAAUGUGGCUCUCUGAAAAAGAGUAAGAUUACUAUGACAACAUGUUUGAGCAAACUAGUUUCACUGGUGCAGUUCACUAUUUCCCUAAUGCCUUGAGCCAUCCAUUUUCACAGUAUCUAUUACCAACAACUGUCUUGCUAGGUGUAUAUUGCCACCAAUCAGUCCCCUUUAUACACACACUUUUCACCCAUUUUACUCAAAGGUUAUCAGCAUGUUGGCUAUAUUCCAUAGAUACUUUGCCACUGCAUCUGCAUUCUAUAUCAUACAAUUAGUGAUCCCCUUUAAAGUUGUCACGUUUUCCUUCAUUUUGGGCUAUUGUAUGCUCCGGUAUUGUCACACUUUCCCCUUAGAUUCUUGUUAUUGUUAAAGUUGAUAUUACUCCAUAGAGUUGUCUUGGAGGUGUGUUACUUUGUGAAGGCAAAGUCAACUAGUUAAUUACCAGAUAAUGUGGUAGUCGACAGGUUUGGACAAAAAGAUAUCAGCAGGAAUGUCUAUCUUAUUGCAAGAUAGAAGAAUACAAAUUUUCAUUCUUUGAAUUAUGAGCAGUGAGUUUAGAAGCUUAAACAUUUCAUAUAGUUAAAAUAUGUUCAGUCUAAUCCCUGAAACAAAUAGAGUUUUAUCGUAGCAAAUGUAUAGCUAAUAUAUAGCUUCACAUUCUAUAUGAUUUAUUUUUGCGGUGGUCAUAAAACAGGACAUUACAACAUAUGAAAAAUCAUAUUGUGUUACAGAUUCUACUUUUUAUUAACUCUUAUGAAUUUCUUUUCUCUCUUUUACACAGGUAUAAAAGGUG